AUGCUACUGGAUUGGAAGGCUUGUAAAAAUGUAAAAGAGGCUCUCCGUUGGUGUUUAUUCAAAGAAAAUCAAAUAGGAGCUCUGGUUCUAAACAACAAAAAGAAAAGGCUUACUAUUAAGGAAAAAGCUCAAUAUUGUGCAAAAACUAAAGAUGUAUGGAAUAUUUGGUUACAUGCUUUAGACUUAGCUGUGUUAAAAAAUAAUAUAGAUGAAGCAAUUGUGAUAGCCAGUUCUCGUGUUUCACAAUUUCAUAGAGAGUUAGCAGAAGCUGGAAGCCAACUUGAACAGCAAUUACCCAAUCCACCUAAAACUCUCAAACACUUUUCCUUAGAGGAAGGACUUAGAAGAAUUCAAAAUAUCAAUACUACUAAAAUCUCUACUAUAUAA